AUGACGGAUUCAAUUCUUAGUCCAAAAGCCACAACUUCUCCCAACAACAUUUUCAUACUCGCCGGGCAGAGCAACAUGGCUGGUCGAGGAGGGGUUUCACUAGAUCCAACCACAGAUAAAAUGGUAUGGGAUGGAUAUAUACCGCUUGAAUGCGAAUCCAACGACUCAAUAUUUCGAUUGAAUGCUGAUAUGGUAUGGGAACAAGCCCAUGAACCACUCCAUUGGGACAUUGAUGUUGUAAAGACCAAUGGGAUUGGACCCGGCAUGGCCUUUGCCAAUGAGCUUUUGGCUAUAGGUGGGAAGAGGAUUGGUGCCAUUGGCCUUGUUCCAUGUGCCAUUGGAGGAUCCCAUUUGAAAGAAUGGGUUAAAGGGACUAAUAGGUAUGAUAAUUUGGUUGAAAGGAUUAGGGCUUCAGAAAAAAAUGGAGGGACAGUUCAAGGAAUUUUGUGGUAUCAAGGAGAGUCUGAUGCUGCUGUUGAAGAAGAAGCUAUGUGUUAUGAAAGAGAGCUCACUAAGUUCUUCAUCGACUUGCGUGCUGACACGAACCAUCCUGAACUACCCAUCAUCUUGGUGAAGCUAGUAACUCAUGAUUUUUUCUUAAGUCCAAAUAUAAGCUUCAAGGAAGAAGUAUGUAAUGCUUUGGAGGCAGUCACACACAGACUACCAAACGUAACAAUGGUGGACGGUCCCAUGGCAGUGGGCAACUUUGACGAUGGGCUGAAUGAAGAUAAAGGUCAUCUCAAUGUUAAAUCUGAAGUCAAAUUAGGCAAAAUGUUUGCUCAUUCCUUUUAUUCAAACUUUGCCCACAACUUCCUUUCCUAA